AUGUUGAAGCUCGCUGCUAAAAGUAUCCCAGCCAUGGAUCUGCCUAUUAUUGUUUAUGAAAGGUCUGAAGACAACUAUAAUAUCAAGCAAGCCCAAAGCUUAAACCGCCUAUUCAAGCCUAAAACUUUAUUUCUAGGAAUCCCCGGUGCAUUCAUUCCUACUAUACAAGUAAAAUUCCUUCCUGAAUACUUCAGAUAUGCCAAAGAAAUAAAAGCCCUCAGCGGAAUUAGCCAAAUUUGUGUUCUCUCUGUCAACGAUCCUUAUAGUUUACAAACUUUUGCAGAAGAAGUUGACUUUGAAGAAAAAAUGAUCUUUAUAAGUGACUGGGAAGGAAAACUCUCACAGUACUUAAACACAACGUUUUACACAACUUCCUUUGGAUUGCGGUCAAAAGCUUUUCGAUGUGUGGUCGAAAACUCAGAAAUCAGCCAUUUUGUAGUAGAAGAAGAUUGAAAAAUAUCAACAGUCACGAGGGUUUACAAUUUUCUGAAAAUCAUAACACCAUAUCACCCUUAUCCUUAUACUACAUAUUCAAAUUAA